CGAGCACAAAGAAACCCAAAGUCUGGGCUCUGGAUGGAAUGGCAAGGAAAGGAAGACGCAGGACAAUGAAUGGAUGCCUUGGUAUUGUUGUGUCCCUGCCUCAGGCCCUUCCGAGGAUCCGGCAGGAACUCCGACUCACUGAUAGGGUGGACUACAGCUGUUGCACACAGCACUUUGCUCCCUUGGCACCACAUCCAGGUACAUAUGCUCUAACAUUGGUUUUCCGACAUCAUCGACAUACGCUUCUCAAUUGACAGGGCGGCUUUCGGCUUCUCUGAGUCAUUUAUGAGGACGGGCCUUGAAGACCUGUGGACCCUUGAGAGCCUCCAGUGCGAAAGUAGAGGUCUUAUUG